CCGCGUCUCCUCCCCUCCCGGCGCCCGGCCCACGUACAAAGGCGCACAGCCUGCGGCUCUGCUCAUCGCCCGCGUCCCAGCUCGUCCAGCGUCCCUGCCGCGCCUCCCGGCCAAGAUAUCAAUAGAUCUCGCCACAAUGCCAUCUCAAAUGGAACAUGCCAUGGAAACCAUGAUGUUUACCUUUCACAAGUUUGCUGGGGAUAAAGGCUACUUGACAAAGGAUGACCUGAGAGUGCUCAUGGAGAAGGAGUUCCCUGGGUUUUUGGAAAAUCAAAAAGACCCUCUGGCUGUGGACAAAAUCAUGAAGGACCUGGACCAGUGCCGAGAUGGCAAAGUGGGGUUCCAGAGCUUCUUCUCGCUAAUCGCAGGCCUCACCAUUGCAUGCAAUGACUAUUUUGUAAUGCACAUGAAGCAGAAGGGAAAGAAGUAAACAGAACGAGGCGGUUACCCCUCCUGGGAAAAGCACCCCCCAAACGACCACCCCACCCCGGUGUAAGGAUUUCACGAGCAGAAAUGUCCAAAUGGAAACCAGCUCCUGUUUGACAGAAACAGAAAAGUUAAUUCAAUGCCAGAUAAGCUUUCAAGUUUUAUAUUGUUUGCGUACUAUUGUCCUUCAUAAAUAAAGUGCUUUUUUGUUUUU